AUGGACCUCUUACCAUCCAGCGCGGGUGCCUAUGGCGGAAAGGCGACGGAGGCGUACAGGAAGGCGCUGAGCUCGGCGGCCUCCGCGGCCGCGUACGCCGUGCUGGCGCGGAGCAUGGCACGGGAGCUCCUCCCCGAAGAGCUGCGCGCCGCGGUGCGCUGGGGCGCGUCCCUGCUCCGCGCACGGUUCGGCUUCGGCGCCAAGGAGUGGCGCACGCUCGUGGUGCGGAGCCAGACCGGCGGCGGCAGCGGUCGCGAGGAGAAUCUCCUGUUCGACGCAGCGCGGACGUACCUGUCCACCAGGCUCGAUCCGCGCGCCAUGCGCCGUCUCGGGCUCACGCUCUGCGCGGCCAGGGACGAAGCCGGCCUGAGAAGCUGGACGAAGCGCCUGUUCCUCGAGCCCGGGGACUCCACCGUCGACGUCUUCGACGGCGUCGAGUUCACGUGGACGUCCGUCGAGAAGAGCAACGGCGGAGGAGGAGGAAAGAAGUGUGCAGGUAACGGGGAGUCCGGCAUCGGCGGCGACCGCGAGUUCGUGCUGAUGCUCAGCUUCGACGCGGAGCACACGGACAUGGCCAUGGAGAGGUACGUGCCCUUCGUCAUGACCUCGGCCGAGGAGACGAGGCAACGGGAGCGAUCGCUCAGGAUCUGCCUCAACGAGGGGCGGAAGUGGUUCAGCCUGAAGCACCACCACCCCGCCACCUUCGCAACGCUUGCCAUGGACCCGACGCUCAAGCAGUCCAUCGUCGCCGACCUCGACCUGUUCGCCAACCGGAGGGACCACUACCGGCGGAUCGGCAAGGCGUGGAAGCGCGGCUACCUCCUCUACGGUCCGCCCGGCACAGGCAAGUCCAGCAUGGUCGCCGCCAUGGCCAACCACCUCCGCUACGACAUCUACGACCUCGACCUCUCCCACGUGCAUAGCUCCAUGCUGCAGUGGCUGCUCAUCACCAUGUCCGACAAGUCCAUCCUCGUCAUCGAGGACAUCGACUGCUGCUGCGAUGCCAUGUCGAGGGCGGUGGACGGCAAGGAGAGCAAGACACCGGCGCUGAUUGGCGACAAAGAUGGCGGUGUCUCGUCAGACAUCAUGGAAAUUCCACCGCCGCGCGCGCGCAAUACUGAGAUUACCCUAUCCAGUCUGCUCAACUUCAUCGACGGGCUGUGGUCGACGAGCGGCGAGGAGCGCAUCAUCGUCCUCACCACCAACUACAAGGAACGCCUGGACCCGGCGCUGCUGCGGCCGGGGCGCAUGGACAUGCACAUCUACAUGGGCUUCUGCUGCUGGGAGGCGUUCAAGACGCUCGCCCGGAACUACUUCGUCGUCGACGACCACCCCCUGUUCCCGGAGAUACAGGAACUGCUUGCGGCGGUGCAGGUGACGCCGGCCGAGGUAUCCGAGAUGCUGCUGAGGACCAAUGACCCCGACGUCGCGCUCCGAGGUCUCACAGAGUUCCUCAAAGAGAAGAAGCAGGAACAGAGUAAGAUGCAGAGUACGGAUGAAGAUAAGCUCCAGGGAAAGCAUGAAGUCAAGUAACUCAAUUAGCUCACAUCAAGAACUAGGUAGUCUCGGAACGAGAUGAUCUGACUAUUGCCUCUUGGUUUGCAAAUGUCUUGCAGUCACAUUGUCACGUUGCUGCAAGACUAUUAGUUGUCACAAUGCUCUUUUGAUCGUUUUCUGAUUGUAGUGUCACGCAGGGUCGCACGCAAUUUGGGGAUUGCCUAGUUCAUUACAACUUCUCCUGAUGCUUUAGCUUGGUAUCUGAUUUGACUCUUGUC